UUUGGAAGAAGACAUUGUGCUGCUAGGAAAAAUUCCAGUUCUUCCUGCCCUGCUGUCGGCCGAGCAACACGACGAACAGAAGGGCAUGAUGCUGCUAGACUGGAUCAACUCGAAGGACAGCAAAAGCAGUUUGAAGGAGAUGGCCAUUCAAUGCAAGGCAUGCCUGAAGCAGCUCGUUGCAGAAGGCAAGGAGAGGUGCCGCACGGAGGUGCAGAAGGUGAUGGAACUGGUGGACAACCAGGACAUGCUGCAGAUUCGUGGUGUCGAGGAGUGGCUGACGAACCUCGAUGAGCUAAUGGACAGGGCUCGCAAACUGGUGCAGAACCAGCAGGAUUACCUGCAGGCGUUUCAGCACAACCGGUCGAGCUUCUCCCGCUCCAAGGAUCCCAGCGUCCUGCCUGACCUGAGCGAGAGUCACAUAAAGCAGCUCAGAAUCAUGCUGCAGCACCACGAGAACCUGCGCGACAUUCGGCGUCGCUGCGUCACGGCGAAGAAUGAACUCUGCGUCAACCUCAAGAAACGGCUGCGGUGGAUAAUUUACAUACAGAAGAUAAUCUCGGAGGCACAGGUGCGCAUGAUGUUCACCAUAGCGGCCAUCAGGCAGAUGCGCAGGCAGCUCGAGAUUUGCCGUCAGGUCCACAUGGCGCCACACACCUACCUCCGUGCUGUCACCGAAGUAAUCCGGCGACGUCACUUUUCCCACAACUUCUUGCAGUGGGCAGGCAUGCUGUCAUCACAGUGCCAGCAACUUCACCACCUCGAAGUGCAGGCCCGGAAGGACUUCAACAGCCAGUUCUCCAAGCACUUCCUCCACGCACUCUUUCCCGGCAUGGAUGACUUGCCUCCGCCAUUUGCGACUCGGAAUCCCAGGUCAUUUGAUGACAAUCUGCCCCCCCUGUCUUCCGAAGACUUGGAGGUCCUCCGGAAAGCGCUUCCAGAGAUGUCUGAGCUGCUACAAACUCCCGACACAGUCGAGCUGCCCACCGUCGUGCUGCAGUCCUCAGAUGCCAUGCAGUCUUGUGGAGACGAUGCAUUGCAACCUGAAGUGAAAGCUUCGUCGUCUUGCAUUCCAGGGCACGCUUCUUGCCAGGAGCUGCCGCUGGAAGAAGCCAAGUACCAAACUGAGGAGGCAAUGAAGAGUACCUCCUCUGAAAAGGACUGCCACGACGGUGCCUGUCCUGAAGACCGUGAGCACACGCCGAAGCUGGCGAUGUCCGAUGACGAGUUUGAAGAGGUCGCCGACGAACCCUCUCCGGGCCUCAAGGCAGAUGCUGCUGACAUCCUGGGCAUGCCGGUACCUCAGGACGCCAUCCUCUGCUCCCCCGACUCCCUGGGGCACACCUCGCAUGAUUUCCAGACAGCAGAUUUUUACAUCGACGAGUCGAUGCCGUCCUCGAUAUCGGACAGCAACGGAAUCGUGCCUGUCACACCCAGCACUGUUCCGCCUUCAUCGGCAGCACCUGCCCAGCAAGAUCAUGCUGCUGCCGAACUUCAGCGGCAGCUAGACGAGCGAAGCGCAGCGCUACUAGCCGCUCAGGAGGAGCUCGAAAGGGAACGGGUCAAGAGGCAAGAACUGAGGCGUGCUGUGACAAACAUAUGUGAAGCAGCUACAGUGGUAUGCGCAGACUAUCGCUCGAACGCCGCCUCGAUCCGUGAAGACUUGGCAGCUGCACUCCAGACGAUGAGCAACGAAGCAUCGGUCAUUGGGGCUGCCAUGGACACUGCCCUUCAGGCCCUGCUAGCCAGGCUUGAGAACGAGAAGGCUGCGUCCAUAGCAACCGAGGUGGACAGGGUACGGCGCGAGUUUGAGUCGGCAGAGGAAGACCACCGGCACCAGCUGGAGGUGGAGCGGCAGAAACUGGAAGAUUCACAACGUGAGGUGCACAUGUACCAGCAGCAGCUCCAGCAGCUCUCGCAGCUCACCGACAGCCUGCGCACAGACUCUGCACUCGCCCUUGCCUCGUUGAAGAACACCAUGCAGCAGGAUCACGAGUCUGCUAUUGCCAAAGCUACGCUCGAGCAUGAGCUCGAACAAGAGGCCCUGAAUGAGCGGCUGCGUGCUUUUGAAAGGAGCCACGAAGACGAAGUGCAAGAUCUCAAUGAUGUGAUCUGCGAGAAGGACCGGCAGAUCCAGAUGCUGUUCCAGGGCAGGCAGGCCCUGGAGGAGCAGCUGCACACUCGCUUCACCCUGGAGAAGGAAGAGCUGCUUGCACAGUGCCGCCAGGAGUUUGCUCAGAGGGAGCAGGCCAUCCGGGAGGAACUCAUCGCUGUGCACGAGCAACAGCUCGACCGGAUUCAACACUGCCACGAAGAAGCAAUCCAAAAGGCCAAAGAACAGACGAGGCUAGAGCUUCAGCAGGAGUGGGAAAGUAGGCUGCCAGACUUCAAGCUCUUGCAGAGGAGGGAGUCCAUGGAAGACUUGGACACCACUGCGGGCGACUCCUGCUCUCUUGAGGAGGCCAAACCCGACCCAUGCGGGGACAGCAUGAUGGAGUCCACUGUGAAACUUCCCCACUCUGCUGACCCCAUGCUGCUGGAGUUAAGGAGUCAAUUGCUUGAGAAGCAAAAUGAAGUCAAUAGACUGCAGCAACAAGUUAUGGCCAUGUCCGACAACUUUGGCACCCAGCUUCAACCAUCCCCCGCUGACAAGGUCUCCAUCCUCACUUGCCAGCCGGGUGACAUCGUGCUACUCUGCUACGACGAAGGUCACCAAAACUACGUCCUCUUCGUGUUAGGACCCAACCUGCACUUCCUGCACACGGACUGCCUCGACACUCUCGGCCUCAAGACAGCACCUGGCACAGUUCGCAAAGGUUGGGUCUUGGCUGAGGUUGUCGAGAAAGAAUUCUGCCAAGCUCGCAAGGCGCAGAACCGAUAUCGGGUGGCCGCCGGAACACGCUUUUACCGGGUCAAGGCCAAGCCAUGGGACAAAGAGGCUGCCGUGCGUCGUGAGCAGCAGCGCCGUUCGUCACUCCGCAGUCUCACUCAGUCUGCACUCAUCACUGCCACCUCUGCCGCCUCCGUUGAGGAGGGAGCCCUGCCUCCGCCACCCAGACAGCCCGAGGGUUCCUCCGCCGGAGGAGAGCCCUAUCCCCAGCCCCUCGAUUCCUAAGUUGUCCGAACUCUUAAAAAGGUGCACUUCCAGGACUUCUGUUGCUGUUUUUGCACUGUGCCCGGUGCGGUUCUUCGUUGUUUUUUUCAGUUCACUGCGGUCCUCCGAUUGGCUAACGGCUGGCCACCAUCUCUUCGCCGCGAAAUUCUUUCGUCCCGCGAUUGUACAUUUGCCCUGCUGUUUUUCACCCGUGCCCCUGACCUGGAAAGUGGCGCUGGCAUCCCAGUUUUUAACGACGCUCAACAAGAGAUAACUUUGGCAGUGCUCUUUGCUCUUGGCGCCCCUUGCACUAUCUGGCCAGCUUCGUAAUAGCCACAUAAGCUUAAACCGGUCUAUCGACACAUAAGUUAUGGGGUAGCGUUUAGACUAACUGCUGUGAUUCGAGCAUUCAUGACCUUCCCCCAUAGAAAAUGUGUUCAUCGGACUCUCUAUUUUCGUCCCGUUUCUUCUUUUCUGUUUGUGCCCCGUAGUCACGUUAUUUAGAAAGCCCUGUUGUGGUUUGUCCAGUGCACGAGGUGGAUGUGCGAUGACUGCUGCUGACCUCUCUACACCGUCACCCCUUUCCUUUUAACGAUGAUGGCUCGAUUCCACGGGCCUUCUCUCUCGCUCUAUCAAUCUUUUGGGUUCAUAGCAUUCUCUGCUGUCCUCUUAAUGCAUAGAUAGCUUGUGCCAGAUGUAAAGCUCAAUUGUGCGAGAAACUCGAAUGCUGGUAUAGAUGUCUAAUAGACGUUAAAAAAUCUCUAGCAGUUGAUGUCUAGACAACGUCCAGAUAAAUCAUGCUACUCGUCAUACGCCCCCGCAUCUUAUUCAGAAGGAUGUGAUGAGUACAAGCAUAUCUCUGAGAUAAUUCUGCCAGUGUGCUAUAAAAAGGCAUGCACAAUUAUUUUAACGACACUCAUAAGUAUGUCAGCAGGCAUCAUUGUAAACUAGAGCCCUGUUCCAAAUGAGAAUGUUAAAGCCUGGUAAAUCUGGAUUCUAUUGCGUUAAUUAUAAUUUGUGCUUUGAAUUUGAAGGCAUAAAACAAGGUAUAACGCAGAUGAUUAUAGAUACAUUAUUAUAAUUUCUAAUUUUUGCUCGGGUAUUUUCAUUGUACAGAGAAUCCGAUAGCUUAGUGUGCUUUUAUAAAAAGCUCUGCUGGCAGUGGUUGUGAACCUGGAUGCAAAUUUUUAAUUUGUGCCUGCAGUUUGAAUACUUUAAGGAUUUAUUGCGCAUGAACAAGUGGCUUUUAGGUGUUAAGCUGAAGCAGUGAUCUGUUAUAAAGAUUCAUUGCUUGGAAAAAUGAAUUUUCGAAAUUUAUGGCUCUGCGAAUGUUGUAAAUGCAGCCCAUUUAACGCGGCUUCCUGGAGCCGUUAUGUUUGAUGAAAGACAAUACUUGGCGUUGAAAAAUGCAAUUAUGGCACGAUAGUGUACGUAGGCGUGAAUAGUACGCUUGUAUUAGGUACAUAAAAAUGCAUUCUGUUAUGCGCUUGUGGAACUUCGUUUGCACUAUACAUGUGCACGAAUGUCUUGCUUCAAACUCUGGUGUGUGCAUGUUUUUCUCUCCUUUGCAUGUGACCAAAGCUCUCUGUAGGAAAUCGUACAAAGCUCGAAGCACGCACAACGGUACGCGAGUGGCCAAGUUCUAUUACCUGUUCAGAUGGAACCUCAUGGUUGUACCGCAGUGACGCCACUUCAAGCUGCAUGCAUUUGCCACACCCGACGAACUUCUCGUCCGCUGUUCAAUAGGCUGUACUAUCAUGUCUCCAUAGAAGUUGCAAAAGAAGUUAUCUGAACACAUACACUACUAAUGGUAAUCAUGCCCACUCCUUGGGAGAUCCAUCUGGAUUACUACAUAUAUAUUUUUUCCCAGAACACGUUAGAAGAAAAGAACCUGCUGUACAAAGGUAGACUAGCUUCGAGAGUGUAGAUUUUGGGUUUCUCUUCAAUAUACCCGUGCAUUCUGUAAAGUGGCAACUGCGACAAACACACUUCCAACCUAUCUUUGGCAUUGCAUUGCAUGGUGUUGUAUUUCUGAUGACCUAGGCUGUUAGAUGAUGACGCUGUAGUGUCUGCUGAAAUGCGUCUUGUAUGAUUACCGACUUAAAGAAAAGCCCCAUUGUAUACUUAGCUACGUCACUUUUAUGUGGUAUGUUAUCACACUGAAAGCGCGUCGGAAAUGUCGUCCCCAUGGUGUAGUCCUCUGUGGCUGGCUAGCUUAGGCAAAUGCUUUCAGCACUGUUGCACACCUCUAACGUUUCUCUUCUUCUAGGGUGAAAAAGGGUAGUAGUAGCAUGCUUUUAUUGAACUGGAUACUAGUUCACACCUUAAUCUAGCCUUUACAUGCCCACAAUGUAAAGCGUCGGCUAAACGUGCACGGUGUGUUUCCACGUGUCUGUUAAUUAUCUCCGGUUCGCAGCUCUUAAGGUGCACUGUAUGAUGGGAGUAUCGUGUAGGCGCUAGCUGGUUCGACCCUGUCCGCAAGAGCCCUUUUGUCGUCACUCUUUCAUAGUUUUAGAAUGUGGCUCAGUAGUUUCGGCAAAAGGUUCCAGCUUUCACGCAGCUGUACAAAAGCGUUGUACACAGCAGUACUUAGAUAUAUAUACACCGAAUGUUUUAUUUUAAUGUUAACAGGAUUUUUUUAAUGCAAGCAUGGUUGUAACCCAAGGAGCUGCAAUUACACUGGGAUACAGGUUGUUACUUGGUUGAGAAACCCAAUUGCAGAAACCUAAGAAACUUAGGUUCAGUUGCCUGAACCCGCGAAUGUUCUAAGAAUUCUGUUAACAUUAAAAUAAAUUGCCCCUUAUAAAUAGUUUCUCUUACAGUUACCUGAGAAUGCGCACACAGGCGAUGCAUGUUAACUGCAACCGCCCUUUGAAAGCAGCACGCAAAUUGUCCAUAGCAGUGUGUGAUUUUUAAGCUCCUAGCUUUCCGAGACGUGCUUUUUGCGUGGUACUAUUUAUUAACGGGCCAAUACGUGUGUGGUUUCGGUGUGUGGUGUUUCGUGACUGGUCGCUGUGCAUGGGCUUUGCUUGAGGAACUCCGUAAACACGUGCUCCUGCCUUUGGGUUCGGUUGACCUUGAAAUUCAUGUUUCUGCGUGUGAGGUAUUUAUAUAAGUGUGUAAUCCGUAUGGCGACAUCGGGUGCGGAGGGCACCCCUCGUGUUUUCUCGUAGAUUGGCUUCUUGAACUCGUGCGAUUUGACUGUUGCCAACUGUACUGCGCGUACGACGUAUAAACAACGCUGGCUUGUCCUUUGAUGUUAGGUCGUUCGAUAUUGUCAUCCGUGCUCUCUUUAUCUCGCGAAGCACUGUUCAAUGACCACAGAAAAAAAAGUUGUCGCCAAAUGUCAGCUGAAUGCAGACUGGUGGCUGCAGCUUUGCUGAAUUGUCGCUAGAAUUUACAUCGGAGUUGUCUAAAAAUUUUAACAGUUUUUAUCCACCUGCAAAAACGAAUCAAACCUUUUUUUACGCUCUGCUAAGAGAAACCUGCAUGCAUUGUCGCAGUUUGACGGCUUUUUGUACGUAUGAUGUGCGGAAAGUACAUAACUGUGGCAGUGUGUGUACGUCUUUUAUAAGGAAUGUGCAGCUGCCUUGCUCUGCAGUGAACUAUUGCUGUAUGGUGUGCUCCAACGGAACAAAAAUGUACGAAGGCAUAGAGGUGCAUAUGUGCCAGGAGGUUUUAACUACGGUGUUUUUGAAUAGUGUCUUGAGAUGCAGUUCUUAAGGGCUCCGUCUAGAAGUGGAACAGUUUUUAAAACAAUGUAAACAGGUUAGGGGAGGGCCCACUUUUUUCUGUACAUACGCGAGACGAGGUGAGAAGCACUAGUCUCGCCAUUUUUUUUUAUCGACUGCUGUUGUAUAGGUGAGGCACUGACGAGGUAUUUGUACAGCAAAUGUAAACAAAUAAAUGUAUUUGAUAAUUA